AUGCCGACGCUUCGCAAAAUCAAGCAGUACGGCCUGACAGAGGUGUACAUUUCGCCUGGGAGGCCCGCACAGGUCGAUGUCGUCCUCGUCCAUGGUCUUAACGGCCACCCCAAAGAUACCUGGACAAGCAAGAGCGAUGUCUUCUGGCCCACCGAUGUGUUGCCUGAAUUUUUAGAAAAUUCAAGUCUGCGCAUCCUCACGUAUGGCUACAAUGCCAAUGUUGCCGCUUUCACGGAUGGUGCCUCCAAAGACCGCGUUCACCACCAUGCAGAGACUCUCGCCAGCGAGUUACAUGCCAAUCGAAGUCUGCGCGGCUGCCUCGAGCGCCCGAUCAUCUUUGUCUGCCAUUCUCUCGGUGGCCUGAUCGUAAAACGGUGCUUAAUUAUGUGUCGCAGCCAGGAGAACGAGAAGUUGCGCCACCUUCGCUCGAUUUACAUUUCAACCUUUGGCAUCUUGUUCCUGGGCACUCCUCACACCGGCUCUGACGUCGCAAAAUGGGGUUUACUUAUUCAGAAAAUCUGCAGCGCUGUUUUCCCCAAGAAGUUUAUGGACACUUCUCCACAAUUGAUCGAGACACUAAAAUCGAACAACGAAGUGCUCCAGAACAUCAACAGAUUAUUCAACGAUUUUUUCGGUCGCUUUCAUGUAUAUUUCUUUCACGAAACCAAGCCCCUCGACAUGAAAGGAACCCGCGAGUUUAUCGUAGAUGAAUCGUCUGCUGCCCCAGACGUUCAAGGAGCCGAGCGCAUGGGAAUCGAAGCAGACCAUAGCUCUAUGGUCAAAUUCGAAGAUGACAGUUCACCGGGAUUCGAAGCUGUUGCUGAAGCAAUCAUUCGCUACGCGCGUGAGGCACCCCCUGUAAUCACUGGCCGCUGGAAAGAGGAAAGGGCCCAUGUGCACCUCCAAGUGCACUCUAUGGCGGACGAACUAACUCGAUCUUCUGUCGAUUUCUCCCAAGAACCUCCUCAGCCAGAAGCAGAAAGUAGAAUGGGUAACUCCGUACCGAAUCUCCCCCUACCGCCGAUUUUCCCCGCCGAACAUACCCCUCGCAUGGCACAGAGUGUUGAGAUUCUACCUACUCAGCGUGGCCCACUGUUUGUCGUUCCUCCCGGAUUCCACCCGAAUGCCACUUUUAUCGGAAUGGAAAAGGAGUUGAACGAACUCCAUAUCCGUCUUUUCAACACCAAGAGACGGGAAGAGAGGGCGGCAGCUGUACUCAUCUGUGGAGGUCCUGGGUCUGGAAAGACGCAUCUUGCCCGUGAAUACGUUCACAGUCAUCGCAAAGAUUUCCCUGGCGGCAUAUUUUGGAUUGAUGCCAAGUCUGUUCUAGCAAUGUCGACUUGCUACUGGGAUGUUGCGCAAGCAGCAGCAUUGAUUGAUGGUAGAAAAGAAUAUCCCACCUCGACUGACGCCACCAUAUUCGUGGAGCAAGUUCGCCACUGGUUUGAAUCAAGGGAGGAAUGGCUCAUUGUUUUUGAUGGGGUGAACUUUGAUGAAGAUAGCCAACUGAAUGCCUUCAAGAAAUACCUGCCUUUCCGAAAGAACACCAGCAUAAUAUAUACGUCUGUGGACCGAACGCUGGCAAAGAAGCAACGACUGUUCGAACCUUAUCGCCUUAAUGUACGAGCUUUGAAAGCCGAAGAGGCUCGUCAAUUGCUCUUUGACGAUUUGGAAAUAGAGAAUCCAACCCCUGAGCAGUACAAAAAGGCGACCGAAAUAGUCCAUCAUUAUCAAGGCCUCCCGCUAGCAAUCCAUGCCAUUGCUCAUAGGCUUACUGCCACGCGGAAACCCUUGGAGAGAUAUCACCUCAAUUCACAUCUGACAGAUCAGCGGCUCSCGGAGCCGUUCAUAGGAAUCAUGCAAGACCUCCGCGCUCACGAGCAUUUUGAGGCGAUGAACCUGAUCAAUUUAUUGGCGUUCUUCGGACACCAUGUCCCGGUCGGUAUGAUUAGCUGGGGGAAAAGCGCACUUGAGGGCCAUAAUUUACCAAUAUUGACAAGCAGUCGACCGGGUGAGCCUGGCGACCUCGACACUACUUUGGGUGUACUUAUUCAGUACGGGCUUAUCGAGAGAAUUUCCGACCGUUAUCCAGGUAAGUCAUUGCUACAAAGGGACGACUUCAAGGUGGAAAGCCCCGAAAGUGAGAUUUCGGGUUCAGAGUCCUUUACAGAGAGUAUGGCAGCCUCUGGAAUAUAUCAAAAUGCAAUUGAUGUCGUGAAAAUCCACAGCGUCGUGCAAGCAUUCUUUCGGGACGAGUUGAGAAUUGUCGACGGGAAAAAUAAGCAGCUUCAAUCUGACUCCACUGACAGUGGGACCUCGCAAUUGCCUGACAGCCAGACAUCACAACCAAUUACUAGCUUCUAUACGUGGUGGUUGCUGAAUGCAACGAGGGUUUUCUGUAAAUCUUACGAAAUUGCUCGGUAUAAGAUGAGUCGAGAUCGCUCAGGCUGUCUCUUCGUGAAGGAUUUGCGAGAGUAUGAAAAUCAUGCCGAGCGGUUAAUGUCUUACUACAGAAAGGUAGACAGCCGUCCGUCAAUAACGAUUGUGAAAGACACCAAAAAGCUUCUCAAAGAAGCAGUGAAAGACAUUAGUACGGAGAUCGGCAAAAUCUCUCCAAACGCAUUCGAGGAGUCCUUCCGGCUUGGAAAAUCAAUUUUCGACCGAUCAAGCAGUUCGUCAUCCGGGCCUUCUUCGUCGCUAGAAGAUAGUAUGGCGUCCCAUCGCUCGACGUGGAAUGACGACUGGGAGUCUAUCAAAGUUCAAUCUCCUGUAGAGUUGGCCAAUCCACAGCAAAACCCGUUUCAAUUUCCAGAUGCCAGUCUGUCUCAGGAGGGACUCCACGAGCAUAUCCCUUUCCAGUUUCCGCUUGCUGAUUUGUAUCGAGAAAGACUUCAAGAGCAAAAUGAUGGCUAUCUCAGCGAUGGCGAAGGAGGAUUGAGGGUAAAAUCACGGCGGUCUUCGGCAGAUUCGUCGAGGUACAGUGAGAAUACUGAGAUACCACCUCCUCACCCAACGGCUCCCACCGCUCCAAUAGCUUCUGUUGACGGMCCUGCCGCUACUUCUACUACUGUACCCUCACCUGCUCCUAGCCCCGGUGAGUUGGGUUGGGAAAUUGUUCAAAGAAAGAAGAAAGGAAGUAAACUUUCAGACGUACCGAAAAAGGGACCGAGAUUUCGUGGCAGACUUAAGGAUUUAGGAUCAUUUCGACCUUCUCCUAUUACCAAAAUGUCAUCUGCGCAAGGGGAGGGCUCUAUGAGUCGGAUUCUUUCUGGAUCUAGUGAUAGAAACACAACCCCGACGAAUGCGAAGGAAUUGCUAGCUUCGUUCCAAAAGCCAGAUGCCCGGAAGCAAGUAGGAGAUGCUGAUCAAAAGGAAAUUCAUUCUGCAUGGACAUCGCCAGUUAUUUCUCCACCAGCAGCAAAAAGGCCUUCGUCAGAAAUUCCACUACCCGCACCGAGUCAAAGUGCACCAAGUGUCCUGGGUCACGGCAACAAUCCCUCUCCCAAACCAAGGCCCAAAAGUACGAUAGAGAACAGGUCAGAUCUUCGAUCGGAGCUCAGACCAAGUAGCGCGCAGACUACCAGCUCCAGGCCAUCACCAACAUUGGUCGAGUUUGGCAGAAAUCAUCGACUGAAUCCCAUGAGCCAUAGCGAUCCAUCCCUGGUGCGCGGGAGGGGGCAAUCCCAGUCCAACCCCAAUUCCGCGCCGGGGUCUCGAAAUCAUUCCAGGCACCCUUCGUCGUCUGUGAAAUCGACAUUAGGCCGUGAAUCUUCGAAAGCCUCGAUACCUGGUCCUCAAGCGUUCAGACUGAAUCCGACACAUCAGGCCUUUAUCCCGAGACUAAGUACGAAUGACAUGGGCUCCAGAUAUGUCCCUGUCCCUGUCCCUGUCCCAGAAGGAGGAAUGGUCAUCGACGUACAGAAGAGGAAUACUCGGAGAUGGGAUGAGGAAAUAGUCUACCCGGCUUCAAACCUGUCUACAUCUCCUCGACAAGCGAUACCUGGAGGAUACACAUCUGAACCGCUAUCCGCAGAUAUGUCUCGCGAUCCUUCAGGCCAAUCUCGUGCGUCAUGGCAGACGGAUCCUGUUCCUGCAACUCGGCGAUCAUCGCAGCAGCUAACGCAGCCGCAGCCGCCUACAGCUUUUGGUCCUCAACUACCUACCUCACCAACAUAUACUGUAGUAUAUGCUCCAGAGGGCAGUUCAAGGCGUCAAGCCGCUGCAUACACGGUUCCACUGGCUGCGCCUAACUCUAUCGACUAUCUGGGUCUCAGCAACCGCUUUGAAUUCGGAGGAGAGCCAGAUACACCAAUUGUCGGUGGCCGAGUACUAGAGAACCAAAGCAUUUUCUUCGGCGAACACGAGGUUGAUGUAGACGAAGCACGUCGACGAGUCAUGGAUUGGAACUUACGCCAGUCACCUGCGUUGAUGUACGAUCCUCGAACUGGACAGCCCUUUUUGGCAGCACCGCGCAUGCGAGCUCAGCGAUCUGAUCCGGGGACAACCAUUAUACCGGUUCCCGUGGCCGUUCCAGUGCAUAUGCCAAUUGAUACUUCAAACACACUCGCACUCAUCACUAUGGCAUUCGUAACCCGUAUUGUCCCAGCCCGGUCUCUCAUGACCGGCGCUUCCUUCCAAGCCUACCGCUCAUUCUCUACAACCUUGGCAACACAGAGAGGGCCCGUCGAAGCCACUAAGGAUGUUCUCAAGAAGGCCGAUCGAACGGUCUCCGAUGCUGCGGUCAAGGGUAUCGAGACUGGAGAAACCUUAACACACAAAGCACAAGAGACCCUGGGUGUGAAGAGCAAGGAAGCAGAAGGAAAGGCCAAAGAAUUGGCGGGUGAGGCCAAGGGCAAGGCACACGAGCUAGAAGGUAAGGCCAAGGGCAAAGCCGAAGAGCUCCGCAGCGGACGAUAA